AAAAAAAAAGUAAAAAAAUGCUGGUGCUGUGCUGUGAUUUUUAUAAAAAAUAAAAAGAAAAAAACAGAGACGAACGACACGCGAAUCCUAGUAAAGGGAAAAAGCCGAAGAUCUUGACGAAUUUUUAUGAAAAUAUACAGAUAGCCUAAGUACCUGGACCUGCCCUGCGCUCUCCACAAAACUUAAAUUCGAGUAGAGGAUAUUAAAGAAAAGAAAGAAAGAAAAAAAAACAAAAAAUGAUUAAAUGGAAAAAAAGUGAGAAAAAGAAAAAGGAAAAAAAAUUAAGCGAGAACAAACGAGGGAUGGAAAAUCAACUUGUAUGGAUUGUAUAGGCUGUAAAGUGUAUUUGCUUUUAAACGAAAAUUUAAUAUAGAUUGUUAAUCGCUAAUUACGCGAAGAAAAAGGAGCUGUCUCCAAUGGUCGGAUAUAUAGACGUUAGCAAAUUCCUCGUGUAGACACGUUUCUUGCGUUGCCCGUUCGAAUCAUGCUCGUGAAAGAAACCCCCAUUUUGCAGGCAAUAAAUUAUACCACGUAUCACGAUCAACGAUCAUAUAUUUUAUGUCUAAACUUUUCUCCUGUUUUGGUUCAAACCGGCUCCUACGUUCAAUUGUCGUUUCGAUUUCCUGCAUCAGGAUCAGCAUCGCUCCGAUUUAUGCCGACUUGUUAAUACUUCCUCUCAACGUAAACGAGAUUAAAAAAAAAAAAAGAAAAAAAAACGUCAUAAUUUACAAUUGGAGACAAUCUCCGACUAAGGAUAUAUUCUAGCGAGUACUACGUAUUUGCCACGAUGUUGCAUAAUCCAUUGCGAAAAUCCUCAAACAAAUAAAUUAAAUGACAACAUAAGAUGGACUGAAAUAUUAACGUAACGUAAUAAACAAGGACCCGUAUUCUUGUCUCCAUUUUUUUAGAAUGAUAAAAAUAGUGAGUCGUUACGCUUUAUAUAUUAUACACUUCGAAUAUAUGAAUAUACGAGUAACAUUACGUACAGAAGCAAAUACAAGAGAAAAAAAAACGCAGGCAUCUUGUCGUUAAAUUGUAAGAUAUUGUGUUCAAACUCCAGAAUGUAAUCUGACCCCUUCCUCAGACUACUAUAUAUUAAUUAUAUUGUGCACUAUGCUCCAACUUGUCCAUACGAAUAAAUAUAUUGAAAAAUCUUACUAUUAUACAGUAUCCUCGAUCGGUACACUGUCGUCCUUUUUAAUGAGUUCGCGUCUUUUCAAAGUCUUCCCUUCUCACAUUGACACGAUCAAUUUCUCACACGAUUUUCUUUCUCCGCUCUUUCGUUCUAUCCUAUCAACAAUAGCUGCUCCAUAUUUUCUUAUCAAACGAUAUUUAUCUAUUUACAUAUAUAAUAUAAAUCCAUACACGCUGCUAGACGAAAUUCAUUUUGUUUGAGAACCCCUGUGUGGACUAGCGAGCGAGGAUGUACAUUCGUGAUACGAUAGCUAUUCUUAAUUGUGUAAUACAGAGAAAACAAAUAUGAUAAAUUGCAAUGUUUUUCUAACAACACAAGGUUAUGUUUCAUAACCUAAACGUUUCGCUUGAUGUGCUCAUGACACGAAUUUCAAUUACGUCGAAGUGCUACUGGUACUACAACACUGACUGGGCUAUAUAAUAAUUAAUAUAUCGAACAAUCUUUGGAACAUUUCUUUUAUACAAUGGAUGAAAUAGAAUAUAAAUUAGAAUCGACGAAUCCUGUAUUAAUAUCACACGCAACGUCUAAACUCUUCGAAUCCAUUAAGAAAAAAAAGUGCGAGCAACAAGCGGAUCAUAUUUCAAAGAUACCCGAGUUUAAGUUAUUACUAACAAAGAAGGAUAGUACGAAUGUCACGCUUAGUAUAUCCGCCUGUCAAGCUUUAAUUGCUUUGGUUGAAAAUGGAUUAUGGGACAUUAAUGAGGCAUUAUCUACAUUCAUUUCGAGUAUCUCUUCUAUAAAAAAUUAUAUGGUUGCUACAACAACCAUAAGUCAUUUGUUAAUAUUAGAUUUAAAACGCUGUACAAAAAAUGAAACUAUAUAUCCGUUUACAUUAUAUACACCACAACACCCUUUUAUUAUGAUUUUAAGUCAAAACAAAGAUAGUUGGCAGACUAUAUUAAGUCAAAUGACAUUUAUUCUCAAUCAUCAAGAUACCCGGAUUAAAAACAAUGGCAUAAAAAUGUUACGACCAGUAUUUUUGUAUAUUUUAUGCAAUCCUUCAUCAAAUUCGUUGGAUUGCUGUAUGCAACAAGUUUGGCAACUGUUAAUUAAAUCGAAAUAUAAUUCACAUGUGCAGACGGAAAUUUUAUUUUGGCUGUGUACAGCGGAAAAUCAUUCUUGCAUAAAUACAAACUAUAGAAUCUUAGAGCUUGCAGAAAAAGCUUUUUCAGAAAAAAAUAGGGAAUAUUGUACAGCUUUAUUACCGAUAAUUGUGUCUUUGACUAUACAAUUACUGAAACAAGGUUCUGAUCCAGAACCAAAUUUUCAUGUUAUAUUUCUCAUCAUAGACCACUGUGAUAACUAUAUAGGGAAUCUCAUGUUAACAUUAAUGGCAGAAGUAAUUACUUUAUGCCCAGCUAUUUAUUUGCAUAGUGCUUUGCAAAUAUGUGUGAGAAUAAUAAAGAAAAUGUCUUACAACAAUAUAUUCUUCAACACUUUGAUAGCGACUAUUAUAAAAUGGAUUGCAUAUCCGUCUGUAUUAUGUUCUACGGCACUAGACACGGCGAGAGAUUUAGCUAACCAGAUGUUUACAGAAACAAGAUUAACGUGCGAUAACGAGAUGAUAUUCUCAAAUAAACUUUUUACAGUUUUCAUCCAUUCCGAUCCAUACAUUCAAUUUUAUACGGAGUUAGUGUAUUGCUUGAAUAUCUGGAAUCAGAAUGAUAUAUUAUCAUGGUUGAAUAAUAUGUCACGCGCAUCGAUUUACUUAAAAGACAAAUGUAAACUAUUGAUAUCCGGUCUCCUUUUGCAGUCAAACGAUCCAUUGAUAGUUCAACUGUGUUGUAACAUUCUCGUUAAUGUUAGCAAAGAAAUGAAAAAUUUCGGAUCACAUGUACUUUCAUUGAUAUUGCACAAAUUAACUAAAUGUAAAAGCAGUACAAAAUCCAAAUGUUUGUUACUAGUUAUACCGGAGCUUAUGAUUGUAAAAGAGAAUGUACCGAUUGUUAAUCAUACCUUGAACGGAUUAUUAAACGGUGACAAGCAACUUAAAUAUUUUAUGAUAGAACUAUAUCUGGAAGCAUUGAAAAGAGAACCAAGAUGUUACAGAUUUCUUUAUACUGCGAUAAUCAAAUUGAUGGAAAGCGAUUUCUCCUGGUAUUCGGAUGCGACUUGUGCAAGAGCCACGAAAUAUAUUUGUGAAAAUUAUCCUGAACAUGGGGAAAAAUUGAUACCUUUCAUAUUGCAGAUAUUGAAUCGUUCGACGAGUAUGAACGGUGGAACCGCAAGCGCGCUCGCGCUUGAAUGUAUUUCUGCUCUUUGUAAAGCAUCCGUAAUAGACAUUUGCACAACGUGGAAAGUUCUAGCACCGAAAAUGGAAAAAGAGAAGCGGUCUGUUGUUUUGAGAAGUUUGUGCAAACUACUCGGUGAUGUGGCAUUCUACACACCUUCUGAAUGCCUUGAAAAACACCAUCAAAUCAUCGAUGAUAUUGUAUCGAGAUUAUGGAAUUACGCAAUUUGGAAUGAUGUAAAAAUAGUCAACUCUGCGCUUGAAGCUCUAGCUUCAUAUCAUCUGGAACAAUUAUCCUUGAAAACACUACCUGCAGAAUUUAGAUGUAAUCUCGCAUUACCAGCAACGUAUGCGAAAACAGCGACCGAAGAGAUGAAAAAGCCAGAAGAUGUGCUUCCGUACAUACCUAGUAUUUGUUGGAUUCAAAUGCUUCAAAAUAUAAAUAAAAUGGCUUUACCAGCAGCUGGUAAUCUUUUAAUUUCCUUCAUAACAGAAGAGGUAAGCAACUUCCGAUCCGGCAUUUAUAUGUGGCCUCAAGGAGAACCGCAGAACUUUAAGUAUCUACCAGAAAAAAGCGUAAUCAGAGCGGUCGGUGAAUAUUUGAGGAAAUCUGAUAAAUCCGAUUCGAACAAUCAUCGUAUAAUUACGGAAUGUUUGCGAAUAUUUGCUCAUAAAUAUCCAAAACCAUUACCCAAUAUGAAUUGGAGUUUUCUAAAGAAUACUUUUGACCUGUCGGCUGAAGCAAAAAAAUAUACUCUUUCUAUCGCGUGUCAUCAUGCGACGAUAUCUUUAUCUUCAAAAUCUUUUGUAGAAAAUUAUUUAUCAACGUACAAAUCUAUAAACAAUGCAGAAGAUUUCGCUUGGGAGGACAAUGAGCAUUCUAUAUUAUAUUUAAAUCUUGAAGAUUUGUGUCAAGCUGUACAACCAAAUAUUAUUAAACCAUUCUUAGAAACUACGUUAGGACAUGUAAUUGAAAAAAUGAACGUUAAUGAUGAAAAUUCGACAGAGUUGUUUCAUUGCAUCAUGACUUCAUAUGCUCAGACAUUAAGAAAUUCAGAAGUAUGCCAUGCUAAUUCUACACUGCUUUCUAUUAUAUUGGAAGAACUUCUGAACAAAAUAGAUUUAACAUGCGAUCGGUUUAGUUCUUACUUCACAGCAGUUUUGGAAUUACCAAUGAAGCAAUUGGAAAGAAUGACGUCUCCUAAAGUAUGGUGGGAAACAAUGUCCAGUAAAUUAAAGAAUGCAAUCGCGAUCAGAGCCGAAUUGACUUUAAGGAAAUCUAAUACCGAAGCUCCCUUAACAUGGUUGAAUGAAAUCAUCGAUGAAACUGUUACUUCUACAUCCAGUGUACAAACAUAUUUUCUCGAAAUUAUACAAAAAGUACAAACGAAUAUGCAUUUCGAAAGAUCAAAUUCAAAUUGGAUUCUAGAUCUUAUGACGCAGGUUCAAGGAUUUUUAAUGGAAUCAUCGCAAAAUUACAAUGAUAAAAUACAAUUCUAUUGUAAUAUUUUAUUUAUCUCUAUUGUUAGUUUAUCUGGCAUAGAUUCCAUGUUAAUGAAACAAGAUGUAAUAAUUAAAUCACAAAAUGUCAGAACAAAAUUAUUUCCUCAAGCUCUAAUGGUUCUUUCCAAUAGAGAGGAUUGGAAACAUGCAAUUCCACAGGUAAUGGAAUGGUUAAAUUAUAUGAGAACAAGUAAUAUUUCUAAUACAUAUAAAUACACGUUUCAUCGAGCAUUGAUUUGCUUAAGACAUAAUCCAUAUUAUAAAAAUGUAUGGACUAAAUAUUUAUCGAUUAAAACUGACAUCGGUAUUUAAUCGCAAGUUGUAUAUGUAUAUUGGAUAGAAAUAAUUUCUAUCGCAAAAUGUGUUUGUUACUGCAAAUUUAAGAUACGAAAUUAAAGAGAAAAGCACAUUUAUGGAAUACCAUUGAAACAAAAGUUAAUGAUGUAUUUCACUUACUUGCAAUUCCAUAUAAUGUGAAAAUCAACAAUUACGAAUAAAUAUUUCGUCACAUAUGCUGUAUGUGACGAUUUUCAUAAUGCUAAA